ACCAAUUUCAACUCAUAAAAAGCAAGGCUUGUUUUACAUUUUUUUCUUUCUUUUUUUCUGUGCAUAUAAAUUUCUAUUAAAAAUGGUGCAGAAAAUAACAAAGCCAUUACCGUAUAAGCAACUAGCCAUUAUCUGUGUCUGUCGUUUUGCAGAACCCAUUUGUUUUACUGUAAUUUUUCCCUUUAUAGUUCAGGUAAAAUGAGCAGUAAAUAUUGCCGCAAAUGGGUUUAAUUUUUUGUCAUUAGAUGGUUAGAGAUUUUCAUAUAGCAGAAGAGAGUAGUGUAGGCUAUUAUGUAGGCCUCAUUACAUCAUGCUUUGCUCUUACUCAACUAUUAACCGGUAUUCAUUGGGGUAUGCUUUCAGAUCGAAUUGGUAGAAGACCCGUCAUCCUUCAGGGUCUUAUUGGUACAAUUACCAGUAUUUUGCUGUUCGGUUUAUCAAAGUCAUUCAUUUGGGCCCUUUUGUCUCGUAGCUUAUGUGGUCUACUUAAUGGUAAUAUUGGUGUGUUGAAAAGCAUGGUGUCUGAAUUAACCAUUGAUCAUUUACCUCAUCAAAGAGCACAGGCCUUUUCCUUGUUACCAUUGGUAUAUGGCUUAGGCUCUAUCAUUGGCCCAAUGCUUGGUGGUUUCUUGUCACACCCAGUCUCCAAUUAUCCCAAUGUCUUUGGAAAUCUAGGUCCUAUUACUGAUUUCUUGACUGAAUACCCUUACUUUUUACCCUGUUUUAUUUCUGCUUCUAUCUGUAUUCUUGGAUUCGUAUUCGGUGUCUUCUUUUUGGAAGAAACCUUACAUGUUCAUUCUGGAAACGAUGGAAAACAAACGGAUGAAGAAGAGACAUUAUUGAUUAAUAAUGAAUCAGAUGAUACACAACAUAACUAUUCGACUUUUAACGAUAGCAACAGCAAUACACAACAUUCACCCACACCUACAGUCAAUGAUAAGCAUACACCUCCUACACUUAAAGAAUCAUUGACACCAGCCGUCGUUGCCAUUUGCAUUGUAUAUGGCUUCUUUGCACUACAAGCUGUGUUUAUGGACGAACUCUUCCCAUUAUAUACUGCAAGUAGUAGAGAUAGUGGCGGUUUGGGCUUUUCGCCUAAUGAAAUUGGUAUUGCCCUUAGUUUUGCUGGUGUAGUUACCUUGAUUGGUCAGAUUCUCAUCUUGCCUACAUUAACUCGAAAAUUUGGUCUUUUACGUCUAUUGCAGAUAGUCUUGUUUCUCCUAGUCUUUUUAUACCUUUCUCAAGGCGUGAUUCGAUUAUUGUACUACUUGCCUGAUUCCAAUGGUCAAACAGACACUAAAUUAUGGGUUUGGGUUGGCUUGCUGAUUUCUUUGGCUAUUAAGACCAUUGGUCAUACUAUUUGUUUUACUGGAUGCACCAUUCUGGUUAACAAUGCUGCUCCUAGAGCGGAUGCAUUGGGUGCAGUCAAUGGCUUUUCUCAAUGUUGUGCUAGUGCUAUGCGUGCCCUUGGUCCUGCCAUUUGCGGUACAAUUUGGUCAGCAUCUUUGUCUGCUGAUUUCUUGCCAUACAUCGCACGGGUCAAUACAACAUUUUUUGUCUUGGCUUGUAUUGGAGCCAUAACGUACAUUUUGAGCAAGCGCUUGGAUCCAAAUGAUUAUGAGACAGCUCAAGCUAGAGAGGAGGUUGUACAUGUUGAUGACGAAGAUAGCGAAAGUCAUUAGAAUCAAAGCAUUUUAUUUUAUUUUAUUUGCAUAAACAUUGUUUAGAAACAUAUUUUAUAAACGACAAGAAUUUUUACUUAUUUAAAACUUUACAAACAUUCUUAUUAAAAAAAAAGGAAAAGGUCCAUA